AUGGUGCGCACUUGCAAGGGCUUCGUUGCGGAGGGCGCUUUGCGGCCAUGCGUCUUCAACUCCACUCAUGUCGGGCACGCGGCGCAGCCGCCCCGGGGCUUCCUUCGCUGCAUCUUCUGCGACCUAGAGCGCCUGGACGACAUCUUGGAGACGCCGGGCGUGCGCAGCAACGUCGCCGCCCGUUUGCGCGCCUUCAAGGCGCAGGACCUGGAGGUCUUCCACGUUGCGUUGGCACGCCUGGGCGAAGUCACGGCCGACACCGCCGAGCUGGAGGCGCUGGCGGAUGCGAUGCCCGACUGUGCGCUGGGGCGCCCCCCACGCAAGCGUCCGGCGGCGAGCGCCCCGCAGCCGGAACGCUCCCGCUCGCGCUCGCGGAGCUCUUCGUUGACUUCGUCCGCGCACUCCCGCAGUGAUCCCUGCAUCGCCGAGGCGCGGGAGCCGAGCUCGUGA